AUGGAGUUUGAAAACACUUAUGAUUGGGUUAGUGCAGUUGAUGGAUCUUGUCCUCGGUUCAUUUUGACUGGGUGCUAUGAUGGAUUGGACAGGGUAUGGAGAGGUGCUGGACAGUGCACGCAUAUGCUAGAGGGACACAGUGAUGCAAUUACUUCGGUUGGUAUCAUAAAUCAUGGAGAUACAGAUACUGUUACAGUGGCCACUGCCUCAAAAGAUCAAACUCUCAGGCUGUGGAAGUACUCUGAUACAGAAGGCAAUUUGGUGUCAAUUAAAAAGAGAAAAGUGAAAAAUGAAGCCGAGGAAUCUCAGUUAGAGGGGGAGUCUUUUUCUACACUUGUUGGCCAUACAAUGUGUAUCUGCUGUUGUUCACAAUGUGUAUCUGCUGUUGUUUGGCCAGAACGUGAAACAAUCUAUUCUGCAUCCUGGGAUCAUUCUAUUAGACGUUGGGAUGUGGAGACAGGCAAAGAUUCAUCAAAGAUAUUCUGUGGAAAAGCCCUCAACUGUGUACACAUUGGAGGAGAAGGUUCAGCUCUCAUUGCUGCCGGAGGCUCUGAUGCUAUCCUUAGGAUAUGGGAUCCACGAAAACCAGGAUCUUCUGCUCCUAUUUAUCAGUUCUCUUCUCACACUUCUUGGAUUUCGGCCUGCAAGUGGCAUGAUAAAUCUUGGUUUCAUUUACUUACCUCAUCCUAUGAUGGGAAAGUUAUGUUGUGGGAUCUAAGAACUGCGUGGCCUCUAGCUGUUAUUGAAUCACAUGAAGACAAGGUGCUAUGUGCUGACUGGUGGAAAAGUGAUAGUCUAAUCAGUGGUGGGGUUGACUGUAAGCUUUGCAUUUCUUCUGACAUUUCUAUCCUGUAAGGGAAGAAUUAUGAAGGUGUAAAGUAAUAUCUGGAGAACGUGAGAUGAAG